AUGUAUUCGCUAUCGAGGAGGUUCCCUCGACUAGUUUCAUUCACACCAAAUGUGCAGAUAGCAUGCUCGUCCACGACUACUAAAUUCAACGGUGUAAUCCCUACGGAAUCGAUAGAGAAGCGGUUUUCCCUCAGCAGUGGACCUGGCGGACAAAAUGUUCAGAAGAACGCCACCAAGGUUGAAAUCAGAUUCAAAUUAAAGGAUGCUGAUUGGCUACCGGAUGAACUGAAGGAUGGUCUCGCGGAGCGGCUUGCGAAUAGGAUAAACGCUAAAGGAGAGCUCAUCAUAGACAGUGAUCGCACACGAGAAAGAAAUUUAAAUCUUGCGGAUUGCUUUGAUAAGCUCCGAUCGACUAUCUACGAUAUUGAAAGGAAUAUGAAUGCUCGCGUGGAGACAGAAGAAGACACUGCAAUUAUUCGAAAGAAAGCAGCACUGGCUGCACAACGAAGACUAGCAGAGAAAAGGCGAGAUUCCGAGAAAAAGCAGAUGAGGAGAAUAGAGGCAGUGUUGUGA